UCCCUCUCUUUCUCCAAAUCUGUUACUCCCACAUAAUUGUAGCCCUUAAAAUUCUGCUUUUCCAACUGGUCAAAUACACCAAAUCCAAGAAGAGUACAAGUAGCACAAAAAUUAGGGUGUCUUGUUACUUAUAUACACAUACACAUAUUUCCUUAACAUCUGGAAAAAAAAAAUACUACAUUUCAAGAAUUUGAAAAAUGGUGAUGUCUACAUUGUUGAAUUUUCUAUACUCUCCACCCCCAUCUUUGUUUAUUAAUACAAUGUCUGUUAUAAGCUUUGCUUCAUUAGCAAAUGCUGGAUUCUUGGAAAUUAGAGGAAAGCAUAUGCAGUAUUCGAAGUUCAUUGGAACAGCUAAAAGUGAAAAUGAGAAGGCCAGAAUUGAGAGUAAAAAAGGCAUGCUUUUGUUGUAUAGCCCUGCAUUUCUUGCUGGUGUUGCAUCUUUUGCAAUUUUCCCAGAUGAGGAUUUCAGAUUUGCUUUGGUGUGUUCUGCUUUAACCAUACAUUUCUUCAAGAGAGUAUUUGAGGUCCUAUUUGUUCACAAAUACAGCGGUUCAAUGGAUGUGGAAGCUACAAUUACAAUAUCAUUUAGUUAUUUCCUCUCCACAGUUAUCAUGAUUUAUAAUCAACACCUAACUCAGGGUUUGCCAGAGCCAUCAAUUGAUCUCAAGUAUGGUGGAUUCAUAAUAUUUUUGGUUGGUAUAAUAGGCAACUUAUACCAUCAUUAUUUGCUUUCUAAAUUGAGAACAAAGGGUGAAAAAGAGUACAAAAUUCCUCAAGGUGGCCUAUUCAAUUUUGCCAUAUGCCCACACUAUCUCUUUGAGAUUCUUAUCUUUGUAGGAAUUUCUUGCACUUCUCAAACCUUAUAUGCUAUUUCCUUCACUUUGGGCACUACCUUUUACUUGAUGGGAAGGAGCAUUGCUACAAGAAGAUGGUACAAGUCAAAGUUUGAUGAUUUUCCAAAGGAUAUCAAGGCACUUAUUCCUUACAUAUUUUAGGCUACUUUAUAUAGGGACCUUCAAUUUUUGUUUAUGUACCUAUGUUGAACAAGUAUAGCAUGAUCAUGGAUUCUUAAUUUGUAAAGAUCCUUCAAAAAUAUUGCAGCUUAAUAAAAAGUGAACGAUUUUGUAAGGGGUACA